CAAGGAAGUGGGAGGGGGAUAGCACGCGCUGGGAGGGGGAGUGAGAGAGAGGGAGAAGAGACUCGCCUCUCUUUUGUUGCGUUGUGUGUUUUUGUUGCCCUUCGUCGGUCGGUUCAGGACCUCCUCUCAGCUUUAUCGGAACGGAGCGCCGAUAGGAUCCUCCCGGCGUUAUCUAAUCUUUGGAAAAACCCUAGUCUAGUUUCAUCCAUCUCUCCAUCCAUCCCUCUUCUCUAGCGUGUAUGUAAACAUUUUAAUGCAAUCGAUUUUCGGUUUUUAUUCGACAUAAUUUUAUUCUUUUUGUCAAAAUCCCUUUUUGGACUUUAUAGAAUAGUCGUUCGAUCGGCUGUUCUUCAGUAUAGUGCUGGUUUUGGAACCCUGAUUUGGAGGCUUAUCUAGUUUUUUAGACAGAAAUUUUCUAGCCUUAAGGAUAAGCAAACCCAAGUCUUGAGUGAUGGCUACUGCUUCUUCUCCAACUAAUAAUCACUCCCCAGGGAGCAUCGCUGCCGCUGACACCAGCUCUCAAGUUACCAACAGUCCCAAGCCUAGGCGGCCAUUGUCAGCGCGUGGGGCUUCAUCUGCAUGGACUCAGAUUGUCCGCGGGGCUGAUUCUGAACCAGACCCACAUUCUCAGUCUCCACAUUCUCAUUCGACUGCUAGUCUCACUCCUGAACAAUCCGGAAUGUCCUCUGAUUCCUGUCAUUCACAAGCUGCCGCGCCCAAAUCUGGUAAUUCAUCAUCCCCAUUGCCCGAGGCUGCUGCUGAAGGAGCUGAGGGAGAGAGCUCGGGGAAUGAUAUUGGGAGUGGGAACAAUGCUGCUAAGAAACCAGCCUGGAAUAAACCUAAUGGUGCCAAAGAUGAGUUCGGUGCAGUUAUGGGUGCUGUUUCUUGGCCUGCUCUAUCAGAGUCUACCAAGGCUUCUGCACGAUCGGAUAUGCCUAGAGCUGCGUCUGAUGGCCUGCUUUCUGUAUCUCAGGGAACUUGUAUAUCGUCAUCUUCAUUUCCACAUAAGCAUCUUCAUUCUAACAACGGAAAUGCUAGUUCAACUCCAAAUCAUGCUAUAAACCGUCAGAGGUCUUUUAAACGCGGUGGUGGAAAUUCUAGCAACACUGUGCAAGCUAAUGGAAGCCUCUUUCAGGUACAAAGUGAGGUUGGUGAAAUGCCCCCCCAAUAUGCUGAAAAAUCUAGUAACUCUAGUGCAGAAUCUUCUUCUUCAAGAGACAAUGUUAAUCGGGAUGGUGGACAUAGAGGAUUUGGAUCUCAAUCACAAGGUGGAAAUGAGCAUCAACACCCGCGAAACCCCAACAGAAGGGGUAGUGGGGGGCCACGGCCUCGUGGGGAUGGAUCCUAUAACCCUGUCCAUGGUGGUGCUCGUGAUCAUGAGCGCACUAAUCAGGAAUGGAGUCAUAAUAGGGGGUUUGGUGGUAGAGAUGCCCACAUGCCUCCACAAAGAUUUUCCUCUAGGCCCUUCAUUCGCGGACCUCCUACUCCUCCGCCAUUUAUUCCUCCAACCAUGCCCAUUCGACCAUUCAGCACCCCAAUUAUUUAUCCCGAAGCUGCACCUCCUGUGUAUUAUGUACCAACGCCACAUCAAGAGUCAUUUAGAAUGCCAAUGUUUACACAUAUGUCACCUUUUUUAUAUCACGCACCGGAUCCCCCGCUGUAUAGCAAAAUAGUAAACCAGAUAGAUUAUUAUUUCAGUAAUGAUAAUUUAAUUAAAGACAUGUUUUUGCGUGGAAACAUGGAUGAACAGGGGUGGAUUCCUAUUAAACUGAUAGCAGGCUUCAAAAAGGUUUCUAUGCUCACAGACAGUGUUCAAGUUAUAGUGAAUGCUUUACAAGCUUCAAGUGUUGUAGAAAUACAGGGUGAGAAAGUGAGGCGACGCGGUGACUGGAUGAAAUGGAUUGUGCCACUAUCUAUCCGAUAUUCGAGUCAUCAGGCUGUUGUACAAGACCCUAGCAAGGUUUCGGUUAUGGCCCAUCUCAAGAGUGUUACAUUAGAUGAGGCGGCUUCAAAUGGCAGUGCAGAUGCAUGUGAUAGUAUAGGGUCUUCAACUCAGCAGCAAUCUGGCAACACAAUCAUAACUGAGGGAGGACAGUCAGCACUUGCAGGAAACUCUAGUAAUAAAGACGUGUUGCGUUAGACAAGAGCAAUCAGCUUGAAGGGCAGUCUGGCAGGGCCAAAGAAACUCGUUUUGAAAGUACAGGCAAAUCUGGAGCAUAUUGAAAAGAAAAGCUGAAAUGGGUUGGCUAAAAAAUAAAAUAAAAACAAGUCCAAAGAGUUAGAUGACGUUCAAAGCUGCUUUUUAUUUUAGCUUGUGGGAUGUAUAUUUUUUAUUCAAUUUGGGGAAAAAGUCUAAUCUCCUAAAAUUCUAUUGUUUGUGCCAUGGGGAGUUUUGAUUGCAAUUGCCCCUUGGUGGGUUAUAUACCUUACUCCCAACAAAUUUUGGUGGUCAAGUACACCUAAUGCUAUUACGUCUCAGCCUCUCAGGUAGUCAGAAAAUCGAGAAAAGAAGUGAAGUGGGUUUGUAUCUCAGUAUCUCCAGGCUUUUGGUGCUGAUGCUGAGCGGCAGCGUAGUCUAAAUGCUUAUGCAAUGUUCUAUGUUGUUCCUCGCUACUGAAGCCAGUAAUUAAGAUGUCUAAUAAACUAGAGUAUGGGUCUUGGAAGUGUGCCUAUGGAUUUUAAGAAUUUUGGCCAUUGGCCAUCGAAUUAAGAUGUCUAAUUGAGUAUUGUUGUAUUGCAGCCUUGGGCCAUUGAAUUUUGGGUAUUAUAGCAAUAUUAUUUUCGAGGUUUGAUAGGUCGAC